AUGCAAAAUUUCUACGAAUCCAUACCGAAGUCAAAGUUGAAGAAGUUCCCAAAGAACGAUCACUUUGAGUUGCCAUUUCGCAUGUGCGUGGCCUCUCCCAGUGGAUCAGGGAAAUCAAAUACAGUUCUCUUUAUAAUUGCCCUUCUAAGCAAAUGCUUUACCAAGAUCGUCAUAUGUACAAAAACAAAUGAAACACUCUACGAUCAUCUUCAAGACACUAUCGACAACGUCCAGCAAGUUGAUAAUCUUUGA